AGCAACUGCGCGGCAGGGGGGCGGAGUGGUUGCGCCAGCUGGGCGGGCAUGGGACUCUCCCGGUGGUGGGUCCUGGGAAACCGGGCAGUCUCGGUGCUCAUUCGUGAGGCUGCCUUUGAGUUCGCGGCAGCAAGACCUCGACCGGAAGGAGGGGGAGGGUGGGCGCGUGGUGGGACCAGCAGUUUCAGCAGCUCCGCCGCAGCCAUGGCCCCGAUCAAGGUGGGAGAUGCCAUCCCCUCAGUGAACGUGUUUGAAGGGGAGCCUGGGAACAAAGUGAACCUGGCAGAGCUGUUUAAGGGCAAGAAGGGGGUGCUGUUUGGAGUCCCUGGGGCGUUUACCCCUGGCUGUUCCAAGACCCACCUGCCUGGGUAUGUGGAGCAGGCUGAGGCACUGAAGGCCAAAGGUGUACAGGUGGUGGCAUGCCUGAGUGUUAACGAUGUCUUCGUGGUUGGAGAGUGGGGUCGAGCCAACAAAACAGAAGGCAAGAUUCGGCUCCUGGCUGACCCCACUGGAGCCUUUGGGAAGGAGACAGAUCUGUUACUAAAUGAUUCCUUGGUGCCCCUCUUUGGGAACCGCCGGCUAAAGAGGUUCUCUAUGGUGAUAGAGGAUGGCAUAGUGAAGGCCCUGAAUGUGGAACCAGAUGGCACAGGCCUCACCUGCAGCCUAGCCCCAAACAUCUUCUCACAGCUCUGAGUUCUGGCCAGAUGAACUCCCUCUGCCCCUUCAGGUCUCACCUUCCAAGCCGUGGGCAGAGGCCCCAGCCCUGCCUCAGUUGGAGCCACCCACGUGGAACCAUGGCCAGAUUCCUGCAAUAAACGCUCUGA